AUGUUCCCAUAUCUAGCUCAUGGCCAUGUCUUCCCCUUCCUCGAGCUAGCCAAGAAACUCUCCAACAAAAACUUCCACUUCUACUUUUGUUCCACCGCCGUCAAUCUCGACUCCGUCCGGAAACACUUGGAGAACUUCCCAUCGAUCCUCUCGAUCGAUCUGGUCGAGCUUCGUCUUCCGGCCCCACCCGAGCUACCUCCCAUCUACCAAACAACGAAAAACAUACCGCCCCACCUCAUGCAAACCCUAAAGGCGGCCUUCCAUGCGUCAAGCUCAAUUUUUUCCGACAUAAUCACAAACCUAAACCCCGACUUGCUCAUCUUCGACUUGUUUCAGCCGUGGUCUGCAAAGCUCGCCGCGUCGAAAAACAUUCCCUCCGUCUAUUUCCUCACGUCCAGCUCGGCCGGACUCUCGUUCAACCACCACCACCACUCGCACGGGAAGUUCAACAAUUUCCCAUUCUACCCCUCCAUAUGCCUCAAGGACUACGAGUUGAAGGCCGCGAUCGAGUACGCCAAAGAAUUCCCCCAAGACGCGGCCUUGGCAGUCGAGGACGAGUUCAUGUUUGGCGUCUUCCGAUUAUCCCACGACUUCGUAAUAGCCAAGACGUGCCGAGCGAUCGAGAGCAAGUACAUCGACUAUCUCUCGUCCCUUUUCCAAAAGAAAAUCGUGCGCACGGGCCCGCUCGUCACGGACCCCGAUUACGUCUCGGAACCCAAACCCAUCAUCGAGUGGCUCGACAAGAAAGCACCGCACUCGACUCUCUACGUCUCGUUUGGGAGCGAAAGCUACCUCUCGGGGGACCAAAUUCGCCAGCUGGCGAGAGGGCUCGAGUUGGCGAGGGUCGACUUCGUAUGGGUCGUUCGAUCGCCCGUCGGGAUGGAGGACCGCCCGGGCGACGACGAGCUCCCCAAAACCGAUACUCGCGCACCCGAGCGUUGGGGGGUUCCGGUUUUGGGGGUCCCGUUGAAGUACGACCAGCCGCUCAACUGCCGGAUGGCGGUGGAGGCGGGGGUCGGUGUGGAGGUCGGGAGGGGCGAGAACGGGGAGUUUGACGGGGAAAAAGUGGCGAGAGCUAUAGAAGAGGUUGUUUUUGGUGGGGAGGGGUUUAGGGUUAGGGUCAAAGAGCUGAGCAAGAAGAUAAGGAUGGAGGAGGACGAGGGCGAUGAGGUGGCGGACGAGCUCAGGAAGUUGAUCGAGAAAUCGAGAGCGGACGUUUAA